AUGACGAACUCAAUUUUAAACAAGGUCAGGGAGCAUUUGAAAAAUGGAGAUAAAUUUUCUUUAUUACACGCUAAUAAUGAAAAUACGGAUGAUAUAGGUAAUGCUGAGAAGAUAUCCUUUGCUAAUGCUGAGGAAAUAUCAUUGAAAGUGCCUACUGAAUUCGAAGUUACUGGAAAUGCGACACCAUUAAAGGUAAUAAUCCAUUGUUGGAUGCAUAAGGAUUCGAGUGCCGCAGAUUAUUUAGCUGACUGUCAAAAGAAACAAUUGACUAAUAUUUCAUUUUUACAGAGGACAGAUUUGCUUAAUUGGUUAAGUGGUGAAGCAGACACUUCAAGGUAUCUCACAAGUGUUUCCGAAAAAGUGGCAGAUGAAGCUAAAAUUUCCACAGAAUCCAAGGACGAAUCUGAAACUAGAAAGGAUGAGCACAUAAAAGAUAUAAGUAACAGCGAUCCCAUAUUAGCGGAAACUAUGAAACAUGAAAGAGUAUUAUUAGAUCAUAAUUCUUCCUUACGUGGUUCUAAACCUAUUGAUUUUGGAUAUUUAAUUAAAGAUGCUGAACUCAAAUUAGUACAGUCGAUGAAGUCUUCUAUGCGCUCCAAAACUCGUAAAACUGACGGCCACGUCUCAAAAACAGCAAAUAUAUCAAAGCAGGUAUCUCGUAAAGAUCCAAUCAUUUUGAUACCUUCUGCAGCAUCAUCAAUAUUAACAAUAAGUAACAUCAAAAAGUUUUUGGAGGAGUCUCAAUAUGUCACUUCAAGUGAUUUUUCUUCUUCUUUACAAAAUGACUUAGUUACAAUAGAGAAAAAGUUUGAUAGAAUAACUAGACCUAUUAGAUUCAUUGUUGUAAAUAAUACAAGAAUGUUUACAAAGCCAGAGUACUGGGACAGAGUUGUAGCUAUAUUCACGACAGGACAUUCAUGGCAAUUCAAUAGUUAUCAAUGGAACACCCCGCAAGAACUAUUCCAACGUUGCAAAGGUUAUUAUUUCUAUUUCAAUGGAGACGAAGUACCACAGCAUGUGCAGCAAUGGAAUGUUCAAAGGAUGGCGCUUGACAAAAAUAAGAGAUUUAAGGAUGUUGAGGUUGUCCGUUACUUUUGGAACAGUCUCGAAAAGGAACUAAUAUCAAAAGGUUAUCAUUAA